UCGGCUGACGUACCGGGAGGGAGCAGACGAUGUGGGUUUGAUGCAGGGAGCCGGGACAGAGUCGAGCACUGGGCCAGUUGCAGAGGAUCGCAUUUCAGCGGCACUGACGGACCUACGGAGUACAGGAUGGUACUGGGGAGCUCUCCAAGCAAACGAAGCCAACGAGAAGUUAAAGGAAGCUUCUGAAGGUACUUUCCUGGUGCGAGACAGUUCCCACCAGGACUAUUUUCUCACCAUUUCUGUGAAAACUGUCCUGGGGCCAACCAACCUGCGAAUUGAAUAUCAAGAUGGCAAGUUCAGGCUCGACUCGGUGAUUCUCAUGAGAUCUAAGCUUCAGCAGUUUGACAGUGUGGUACACCUGGUGGAAUACUAUGUGGGUUUAUGUCGGACACUACAGAACAGCCGCUGUCUGGCUCUUCAAAGCAGAGGCAUCCAACUCUGGUUAACCAAACCUUUCUACACGGAGACCCCUUCGCUGCAACAUUUCUGCCGCAUCGCCAUCCAUAAAGCGACCCGAGAGAUUGAUGAACUGCCUUUGCCGACUAAACUGAAGGAAUACUUGUCAGAAUAUAGGUAUCAGGUUUAAAACGCUCUUAAAGGGGGAAGGAAGCCUGAGGGAGAGCCUUUGUUCAAAGCAUCUCCCGCAGCCAGGAAAGCUGUCCCAACUUUGAAACAAAAACGAAACCAGAAAUUGCUGGAAAAACACAGCAUUUGUGGAGAGGUAUCAGAGAUAACGUUGCGGAUCCAGUCACCCUUCUUCAGAACUGCUUUGUUUUUGCUUGUUUUUCUUGUAUAAUAUUGUCCAAUGUUUCCACCUCUGACACUCUGUACUCGGUCUUUGCUGCCGAUUUGGGUGAAGUUUGUGAUUGCCUUGCAGCACUGAAGCUUAAUUAAUUAUUAAGUAUAUUAGUUGAACCAGUUUACAGUCAACCUGAACAGAAAGGUCUGGAGC